AAGUACAUAACUGCAGAAUAAAAAUGGGCUGUUUUACUUGUUUAUUAUUGUGGCCGGCUGUCAUUGCUGGCGCUGUGUAUUUUCUGAGGAAAUACAUGCAAGGCGGUCAGUUCACCAAGCAGACCAAUGAAACGGGCAAGGUAUUCAUUGUCACCGGUGCCAACACGGGAAUCGGCAAGGAGACAGUCCUGGAGAUUGCCAAGCGCGGAGGAACCGUGUACAUGGCCUGCAGGGAUAUGAACCGAUGUGAAAAGGCCCGUCAGGAUAUAAUCAGGGAGUCGAAUAACAACAACAUUUUCGCCCGCGAGUUGGACUUGAGUUCGCUGGAAUCCAUUCGAAAAUUCGCUGCUGGUUUCAAGAAAGAGCAGGACAAGCUUCAUGUCUUGAUCAACAACGCAGGAGUUAUGCACUGCCCCAGGACUCUUACUAAGGAUGGCUUCGAAAUGCAGCUGGGUGUUAACCACAUGGGACACUUCCUCCUCACCCACUUGCUCCUGGAUGUUCUGAAGAAAACUGCACCCAGUCGCAUCGUAAACGUUUCCAGCAUUGCGCACCUUUACGGCUCUAUCAACAUUGAUGACCUGAACAGUGAGAAAUCGUACAGUAGAACGGGUGCCUAUAGCCAGAGUAAACUGGCCAACGUUCUGUUUACCCGGGAAUUGGCCAAGCGUCUGGAGGGAACUGGGGUCACGACUAACUGCCUGCAUCCCGGAGCUGUGGACACGGAGCUGACGAGGAACUGGAAGUUCAUGGAGAACAUCUUUGCAUGGUCUUUGGUGAGGCCUGUGCAAUGGAUGCUUUUCAAGACUCCAGUGAGUGGAUCGCAGACCACCCUCUACGCCGCUUUGGACCCCGAACUGAAGGAGGUCUCUGGACUCUACUUCAGCGACUGCAAGCCCAAGGAUGUGUCACCAGCUGCCAAGGACGAAAAGACUGGAAAGUUCCUGUGGGCAGAGAGUGAAAAGUGGACAGGCGUGAAUACGUCUAAAUUGGAUUAAAGAAAUUAUGUAAUCCAUCAC